GUUCAAAUCAAAAACAAAAACCACAACCAUCAGCAUUUCGUUUCCACAUCACAAGCACAAAACACCAACUCAAAUUUCUCUCUCUCUCUCUCUCUCUUGGUUUCCACAUGAAAAGCUAAAAAAACUUGAGCGACCCAAUUGAAGGAAGAAUAAAGGCCAUGGCUUUUCUUCUACCCAACAUCUCUCCCUCUCUUCUUCUCCAUCACAAACCCAAGGAAAAAAUCUUCAUUCACCAAUCAUUUUCCCCCCAAUCAAAAUCCGAUUCUCCCUCUCCCCUCUCCCUCACUUCGCCUUCUGCAGCCUCCACCGCCGGCCUCCAAACCCCUCCCCCACUCCAGGGCGUGGCUAAGGUUAACACUCCUCCCGGUGCGCAGGAUAACCACCAGAAGGACGAUUUUUAUCUCAACCUUGGCCUUGCUGUACGGACUCUCCGUGAAGACCUCCCUUUGCUAUUCACCAAGGACCUCAGUUAUGAUAUUUACAGGGACGAUAUUACAUUUGUAGACCCGUUGAACACGUUUAGCGGUAUUGAAAAGUACAAAUUGAUCUUCUGGGCAUUGAGAUUUCAUGGCAAAAUUCUGUUCCGCGAGAUUUCACUUGAGGUAUAUAGGAUUUGGCAACCUUCAGAGAAUGUGAUUUUGAUAAGGUGGAACUUGAAGGGCGUCCCCCGGGUUCCAUGGGAGGCCAAAGGGCAGUUUCAGGGCACGUCCAGGUAUAAAUUGGAUCGAAACGGCAAAAUUUACGAACACAAGGUUGACAAUUUAGCGUUUAAUUUCCCCCAGCGGCUCAAACCGGCUGUUUCAGUGUUGGAUUUGGUCGGCGCUUGCCCGGCGAGUCCCAAUCCGACAUUUUUGUUUGGGCCGGCGGAUGUUUAUACAUCUUCGUGGUUGCAGUUUUAUCGGGCUGUAAGGGAGACAUUGGAUCAAGAAAGCUGCUUUCUUUCACAAGAUGGUUUGGUUACUUGUUCAUAGUUGCUGAGCUACUUACUCUCAUACGUGAAAUUAUACGUUAGAAUUCAAUAUAAUAUAUAUAUAGUAUAUGUAUUAGUAUUUAGUGCAUUGCAUUUUGUACGAAAUAUUAUAUAUUGGUAAAUAGCAAAUAGUUGUUUUUGUUGAAGAACAAGGGUGUAUGUGUACAUAGGCAGGUAUGCUGGAGGAGAUAUCAAUGUAUUUCUUGUUGUUUUGGUGGAGAUGGAAAAGCUUUGGCAUAUAUUGGUGAGCUAAAACAGGACGGAUAUCAUAUGUAUGUAUACAAAAUCUUGAUUACUGUUUUUAGUGAAUCUUGUUCUACAUUUAUUCUCUCACA